UUCUUCUUAGAGUAUGUCACAGAGCAUACCCUAUGUUUUGUGGUUAUGUUUACAUUAACGUGUAUACAACUUCUGUGGCGUAAGGUCUCUCAUAAAUAAAAAUUGUACAAUUUUAAAAAUGCGACUCUGUUUUAUUGAGAUAAGAAUACAUUAGUUUUAAUUGUCUAAUAGAAACGCUGCUACGAAACGAUCAAUUAUCAAGCAAUAAAGUUUAAUUUCUUGAGUUGUCUCAAAUUUGAUUAAUUUAGUUAUACUCACAGCUAUUCAGAGGAAUGAGUUUUGAACCAAAACUUAAAAAUUGGGCUCCAUGUGCGAACCUUUUUUCAGAAUCGAAGACAAAUAACUAUGCUAUUCUUAUAUUAAAUACACCAAUUAACUUUAGCUUUAACCCAAGUUUUGUGGUUAGAUUAUGGAAACAAGCUAAAGUUAGAGUUACAGUAGACGGUGGAACAGAAAGGUGGUUAACAUGGUUGACAAUGAAUAAAGAAGAGUUCAAAGACAUACCACAUCCAGACCUAAUCACUGGAGAUAUGGAUUCAAUAAAUCCAGUGGUAUUGGACUAUUUUAAACAGAUAAAAACAACAGAAAUAGUUACUACUCCAGAUCAAAAUGAAAUAGAUUUUUUGAAGGCUUUGAAAGAGCUAUUGACCUACUGCGGUGCACACUCAAUGAAGUUGGAUACAAUCUAUGUGCUUGCUGAUACUUGCGGUAGAUUAGAUCAAGUAAUGGCAAAUCUUAAUGUACUGUACAAAGCCAAAUAUUUUUGGAAUGAUGUUGAUAUUUUCCAAAUAGCAUCUUCAUCUUUAAGCUGGUUAUUAGAUGAAGGAAUUCAUGAAAUACAUUUACCUCAAGAUUUAAUAAAUAGUGAAGAUUGGUGUGCUCUUUUACCAAUUGGAACACCCAGUAUCGUUACCACAACAGGGUUAAAAUGGAACCUAGACAACACGACUCUUGAAUUUGGUGGUUUAAUUAGUACUUCAAAUACAUAUGGUGGUUCUACAUCAAUAUCUAUUAAAAACAGUUCUCCGUUAAUAUGGUCUAUGAGUAUAGAAUCUCUUUUAUAGCACAAAGUACUUUUAUUUAGCAAAUUUUUAUAUGUAAUAGUAUAUACUGGUUAAUGAGAAGACAAAUGCCAAAGAGAAUAUGACAAUUAGAAAAAAUUUAUGGUAUAUUUAUGUAUAGAUAUUCUAUAUAAUUUUUAGUUAAAUGAAAAUGAUCUUUGUAGAAUCGGUAACUAAUUCCACAAUAAAAAUUUCAUUCCUAUUUUAAAAAAUUUAAAAAUUUAUUGUAAUAAUAAUAUUUAUUUGACAGGAGACCUUAAGUUGAUAUUUUGAUAGUUUGUUAUAUAAGAGCACAUUUUAACAUUCCUACUAAAGAAUUGCAAAAAUAUAUUCAUUAGCUUCUUUAAGUGGCCUUGACAAAAUAUUCAAAACCAAAUUUCUUUUACUCCUUGGCUUUGGACAAAUCUGCAUGAUUUACAUAUCGAAACCAUCACUUCUGAAAAAAUGUUUAGUUUAUAUAGUUUUAGAAAGAUAAAUAAGUUUCUUAUUAGUAGAUUCUUCAUGGUUUUGCUAUUGAGCACAAUAAUUUUGUUUUAUAUCUACUUGAAACAAUAAAAUUGAGAAUAAAAA